AUUCUAUUGAUUCGAUGUUCAUUACGUACAUUCUGGGCUUCGUUGUGCGCAUCCGUCACAAACAUGAGAGGCAUGGAUUCUCUGGCUCGUGCAUCAAUGCUGUCCAGCUUUUUGUUGAUAUUUUCCAAUGUCAUCUUGAGCUCGUCUGGCUCUUCCGGCUCAAGCAGGCUAGUAAUAAUAUCGGAAAGCGGCCCGCCGAUGGUUGGAAUCAUCUCAAUGACUUUCCCCAACGCUGCGCGGAUCAGCUUGCGUCCAGCCUCUUCCAGCUUCUUGUUGAAGUCGCUGGUAGUUUCCUUGGGGCUCGAGCCGAUGCUGCCCGUUCCUUUGUCGUCAAGUACGGCUUCCUUUGUCGCGAAGACGUCGGCAUACGCGCUGACGAGGGCAUCGAUAUCUAUUCCUUUAUCCAUUGCAAAGGACAAAGGGAAAAACUGUUGCAAGGACCAGGUCUAUAGUCGUGAGCGGAGAAGAGUAUGCUGCGAAGGGCACUCGUGUCAUUUUAAGUAUCUGACGAAUACCUACAGGCUGUUAAGCCCACCCCAGAACGGACAGGUCACAUACGCCGAGGCUUAGGACCGGCAGAGACGUGAAGAAUAGUUCUAGGUGCAGAGUGGCUGACCGGCGAGCAGAGCCCAGGCGCUCUGGUGGUGAAUAUUUCUUCGGGCCUAAGCGAGGAGGCAGCCAGCAUAGAAACGCGAGUAAUAUGCUUUUCCCUAGAUAGAGAAGAAUAAAUUUUUGCUUCCCUUGCAUCGCAUAGAGC